UGGUUGACUUCCUCACACAGGCAGCAGCAGCAGCAGCAGCAGCAGCGAGGUGAGGAACAUGCACACCACCAGAGAGCCAUCAUUGUUUUUGUUUAUAUUUUUGCAGAAGACCGUUUACAAUGGACAACAAGUCAUGUAACGUAUUGGAAGAGGAGUUGAAGGAUGGACUGUCCAUGGUAUGGCGCCCGCUGGAAGCGACCUUCACCCAGGAUCCUGACUUCAUCUACUGGGUUCCUCCGCUCUAUCAUACAGAUUUCUUCAGAUUAGAGCAUUCUGCUGCUAUGGGUUCACAUCGUAUGUCACUGCAGAUGGCCUCCUGUGCUUCUCAGUCUUCCUCAGCACAAGGCUCUCAGAGUACUACUGAUCCAGAUUCCAAACAGGAUAUCCUCUUUUACGAGCAGGAAAUCACGCCUGAAAAACAAAGAAAUGGAUUAAGUAGUUCAACUGCACACUCCUCAAAAGGUUCUCAAAGUUUGUAUGAGCCUUAUAACUCGGUAAGGGAUGGUGUUACUUCAGUUGAUAAUUGUGUAACUUAUGCUCUAUAUGAGGACAGACUGCUGCACAAUAUUCGUCUAAGGUCUAGUAGUUCUUCUACUCCAAAGAACCAGAAGGCUGCUCAGGCACACCUGAACAAAAUGGCCUGCAGCAGACAGACAGAGAGAACCACUUCCAGGGAUAAAACAGAGGUUCUCCAUGGUUCUGCUGCCCUCAACCUGCCUUCAUUUCACUCGUCAAUAAUGGCUAGGAGAGGCGAGUGGAUGACCUUGCAGCGAGGUCACACGGGUUACAUGAAUGACCUCAAUCCCGGUAACCUGACCCAGAUCGUUGGCGGUGAAAUGUCAAAUAAACGAAUCUAUCUGGUAUCUGUUUUGCUGCUUCUGCUGCUUGGGAUUGUGCUUACAGCAGUGAUAGUCUUCACCUGCAAACAGAAAGUGCAUCUUUGAUUGUGAACUAGAGGAAUGAAACCUGUCGAGCUGCAUGUCAUCGUAUCUCUGAACAAAUUUAGAGUACAUCCAUUAGCUUGGCCACAUCAUACGAAACCCAUUUAACUAGUUGUGCAUGUUUAAAGUAUUGCUCAAAGACCUAAGUAAAAUUCACGUAAUAUAAUGCUUAAUUUACCUAACCUCUAAGUAUUUGCCUAAAUUAGAUUUUCUCGUAUGGAUGGGCUGAGUCACUCCUCAGGUUGCAAGCUUGGUUUAAUAUUGUAUUGAUAGUAACUUGAACCUACCAACACUACUGUUCUCAUUUUUAAAAUGUCUGAACAGUUUGUCCAACCUUUUUACUGGGGUCUUAUAAUUGGGUUAUGUGAAGUAUUGUUCUUUAGGCUGUAGUUAAUAAGUUUAUUAUUUAUAUUCUUAUUGAUAUUUUUGUGCAUCCAGUCAUUCUACUUUAGUUUACAUAUUCCUUCCCAGUAGUUCUUCCAUUGCUUUAUACAAACGAGAUUAAAUCUUUUUCUGCUCUUAGAGAAAAGGGUAGAUAACAGGUAUGAGAAAUUUAUUUUGUUGGCUCUCCAUAGGGCCAGUUAAACCAUUUUGGCAUGAGCAUGGUUCAAUUGUUUUGUGAUCACUGCUUUUGAUCUGUGUGAGCUUUCAUUACCUUAUAUAUUCUAAACAAUUGUAUCCGCUAUCUUCACUUAAUUAGGUAUGCAAGACAUUACUUGGACUCCACACCUUGUUUUAAUUUUGAUUUUGGGCUAGAAUUGUUAGAAAAAAAAGUAGGUUCACUUUACAUUCUUUUCCUCGCCCUGCCCCUCCCCAUAAGAAAGCUAAAUUUUUUAGUUCCUAGGAUAGACAACUUUAGCAAUUGUAUAUUACCUGAAUUUUUGCAGUUAGAUAAAUUUUGCUGCAGAAUUGUUGUAUAUCGGAACUUAGUUAUCCAUAACACGUAAUGAUUUGGACUUAACAAAAUUUAUUAAUGUAAUCUGUUGUGGGUUGAUUCAGAUUCAAGAACUGUUCUCUGAGAACAUUGUAUUCUAUAUUAUGUAAUUCACUAAUAAAUUAGUACAGUUCAGAUCUGUCGUCUUCUAAGAAAGGAUUAACAGCUCCAGUUCCUUUGAUCAGAAGCUAUCCCCCCCCUUGAAGCACACACAAGGUCGCACGAACUUUCACGUUCUACAUUUGGUUUUUUACUUCAAUACGCAAAGUAACUUCCAUUGUACUUUGACAGUCUGACAUAAGCGAGGCGAGUUGAACAGUACACUGUGGCAUCCACCCAUUUAUAACAUGGUUAACUAAAAUUGGUAGCUCUUUUACAUACAGGUGGUAAGAUUAGUUUAUGGCAGUAUUGAGCAACUGAGUACUGCCCUUGUGUGUUUACAGUGACCCGUAAACUUGCUUAAAACUGGACCUUUGGAACUGUGGGGAUGGAGGGGAUGGCGGCCAAAUUGGAGUCUCAAUGCUGACCCCUCCAAGUAGUGUUACAUAGUCUUCAGUGUCUGGCAGUGUAUUAGGCUAGGGCCAGGCAGGUAUCACAAUGCAGGCAUCAUUUUGGUCCUGUCUGCCAUAUAAUAAUCUGUUGGUCACUCGCGUAUUCCUUUUAGCUCCUCGGUCAUUUGUUCUAGCAAACGGGUAAGCCAACAUAGAGCUGAAGAUAGUUGUUGUUAAUGAGCCUUAUUAAUAAUCUCUACGUCUACGCAAGGGCGAUUUGAAAAUCGUCCUUGCAUAGACACGUCUAGGUUUUCCUAACUACGGGUUUUUGGGGUUAAACUUUAUUUGGUUUAAAAUGCAAAAUAAAUAUAUAAUGAAUGAAGUAUUUUAUUUAGAAUGCGGGAUAGUGCCCUUUUUUUAUGGGAGCUUGUUUCCCCUUGUAUUAUGACCUUGAUACCCAUACUCUGAAAACCAUUAUCACAAUUUGUGUAAAUUUAGCAAAUUACUAUCCAGUACACUCCAAAACCAGUUUGAAGUCUAUUUAAAAAACAGUACUAUAUUGGCAAAUUAUCAAACAAAUAUCCUAGUUUAAUAAAAUUGGCAAAAUGGAACUAAUACGGACUAAUAACACUAUUCUUUUUUUUAACAAAAAUAUAAGAAUGCUGACGAAGCUCUGACCCUUUUGGGUUUAGCGUUUAGUUAUGAUUAUAAUAAUACUGAAAAUUUGAAGCCGCUCGGAAGGGUUAUCCAGUUGUUGCAUGGAAAACUAUUUUCACUUUUUAAUUGUUGUAAAAUUGGCUAAUUUGUACCAUCACU